AUGGACCAGAGUAUCAAGGCACUGCGGACCACGAUCGAGCGCAAGUUCAGCAUUGACACACGAAUAGAAUGGAACAAGAAGCGUACCACGGUCAUAGAAUUCUUCCUACGUAUCAACCCGCAAGCUAGCUUCCAGACCUGUCUCAACCUGCGUCAACCGAUGACAGGUCUGUGGCUGACCGAGAGCAACCCAACAUUCUGGCAGUGGAAAGACACCCCCAAUUCAAAGAUCUGGCUGAGUGGAAUUCCGGGCGCUGGAAAGACUAUUCUCUGCGGGUCUGUCAUCGAAGAGGUUCUCCAGGAGAGCAGCGCACAGGUCGCUGUAGCGUUCUACUUCUGCGACUACAAGAACGAAAGUAGCCAGCAAACGACCACCAUACUGUCUGUGCUUGGCGCACAGAUAGCUCAACAGAACGAUGAUGCAUUUACACAUCUGGAAAUGUAUUAUAAUGACCUGCAUCCCGAGAAAGGACUAAGCAGGGAACCAAGCACAGAUGACCUUUUGGACGUCAUUAAACAUAUGACCGCGUCAUAUGACAAGGUAUUCCUGGUCAUCGAUGGGUUAGACGAAUGCGGCGUCAAUGUUCGUCACGUAUUGCAUUCUCUCAAGUCGAUUAUACACACAUCUCCUGCCGUGACCGCGGCCCUCUUCAGCAGAGAUGAACCGGAAAUCCGAGAGGAGCUAGCGGGAGACUUCGGCCACAUAGAGAUCGCCGCUCACACUGAGGACCUGGAACUUUACGUCCGGGCCGAAAUGGAGAAACGGAAGCAGUUAAGCAAUCUAGCUGUGAAGAAUCCUACUCUUGAUGAGGAGAUACGCCGCACGCUCAUCAGCGGGGCUAAGGGAAUGUGA